AUGGUUGGUUUAGGUUUUAUUCUCUUCGGUAAGGAACCCUACCCUGGAAGGCAUCUCGUCUCACCGCAGCUCUUUUUGUCUAAUAUUUUUUAUCUUGCCGGCAUAGGUUAUGAUAAUGGUGUUAUUGGCGGUCUGCUUACUGCUCCCGACUUCGAAUCGACAUUUAAUCUCGACUCUACACUUCAGGGAGUCGUUACUUCAUUAUUUGAGUUGGGAUGUUUCUUCGGAUCUCUUGUCACUGCCUUUGCAGGUGGUCGACUGGGCCGUCGAACUCUCGCACAUCUUGGCACACUAUCCAUCACCAUCGGUGCCCUUCUUCAGGCCUCUAGUUUUUCUGUUGGCCAGUUGAUGGUCGGGCGUAUUGUUGCCGGCAUCGGCCUUGGCCUUAUAUCUAGCAACAUAGCUAUUUGGCAAUCAGAGACAGCCCCAGCAAACGUGCGUGGCACGUUAGUCGCGUGUUCGUUGAGUUUCCUCAUUGUCGGCCAGCUUUUAGCGAAUUUGAUCGACUACGGCAUGAACAGCUAUUCUGGUCCAGUCACAUGGCGGUUCCCAAUUGCCUUCCAGGCGGUUCUAGCACUUCUCAUGAGUGCUCUUCUCUUCUUCAUGCCUGAGUCUCCUCGAUACCUCAUAAUGAAAGAUCGCAUUGAAGAGACUGUCACAGUCCUUCAGGCGCUCAAAGAUACCAACGAUAGAGAGACAGUUGCCGCUGAAAUCGCAGAGAUCAAGGAGGCCCUUUUACUGGAACUCAACUCCCAAAAAAGUUGGACAGAUCUUUUUAAGAGCGACAAGGUUAAAUCACGCCGCCGUGUCAUUAUUGCUUGCAUUGUCAACUUGAUGCAAGAUCUGAGUGGAAGCACUCCGAUUGCAUACUAUACUACUUUCAUCUUUCAGAAUUCCGUUGGUUUCUCUCGGCAUUUGUCCUUGCUCAUGUCCAUAUUCCUGCAACUGUGGUUUCUUUUGGCGUCAACACUUACUUGGUGGCUGAUUGAACGUGUUGGGCGUCGGAGAUUAUUUAUGCUCUCAGCUUGCUGUAUGGGCAUGGUCAUGGCGGUAGUUGCAGCGAUGCUGGCUGUCAAUACUCGUACUUCUGGAAUUGUCGCUGUGGUCAUGAUCUUUGCGUAUCAGGCCUUCUUCACGUGGGGAUUUAUGGGCGGUGUUUGGGUCUAUGGACCAGAGAUCUUACCUCUCGAAUAUCGAUCCAAAGGAAUGGGUCUUGCCACUGCCACACUUUGGCUAUUUUCUUUCGUGAUGGUUGAGAUCGUCCCUUCAAGUAUAUCCAAUAUCGGAUGGAAAACCUACAUCAUAUUUGCAGUGUUCAACUUUUCCUUCAUUCCUAUCAUCUACUUAUUCUUCCCAGAGACCAAAGGCCUUAGCCUUGAGUUGGUCGACCUUGCUUUCAUGGACGAUUCAAUGUCUCCGGUCAAGCGUGCCAAGGAACUGCACAAGAUGAUUGCAUCUGGCGAAGAAUUGACUCUCAGAACUGAGAUUGCCGAUGCUCUCUCAAAACUUGGUUAUGCCCACGGUGGCUUCCUUAGUGAUAUAACAAUGUAUUCCCCAGCUUUACAAAGCGGCAAAACGAAGAUAAUCGGCGAGGCAUACACUGUACGAUUUGCAGCCGUCAAUCAUAGAAACGACCCUCGUCCGCCGAAUCAUUUUAUAGAUACUGUUCAGAAAGAUGCUAUUCUGUUCAUAUCAGUACCCGCGCAUUUAAUCAACAGUGUGUAUGGCGGAUUGAUGUCAAUGAGGGCGCAGCUACUGGGAGCAAGGGGGACUAUUGUCGACGGUCGCGUCCGCGAUUUACAAGAACAUCGUGAUCUUGAAUAUCCUGUUUUCGCACGAGGGAUCGGUACAAAUGCAGCGGCGGAAGUCUGCUUUCCGUCUCAAAUUAAUGUCCCUGUGCGCCUCAAUAGUACUGGACAGGAAGCAUGGAUUAGACCUGCAGACAUUCUCAUCGGAGAUCUCAAUGGUGUUGUCUGCAUACCAAAGGAAGCUUUGAAGAGUUGCCUCGAUAUUUUACCAGAUAUCGUCAAUGCUGAUACUAAAUGUGCUGAAGACAUCCUCAAAGGCAAGUCAUUUGCAGAAGUUCUUCAGAAGCACAAAGGAAAACUGUGA